AUGGGGCACUGCAUUUCCUGCUUGCAAGAGGAGACCUCUGGGAUGGAGCCUCACACCGCUGAUGCUCAGGCGACGCCAGAUGAUCCCACGUGGGGGCCCUCCUCGCUGAGGCUGCUCAGAGCCCCGCCUGUGUCCCUGCGGCUUCGCGUGCGGCCCUGGUGGUUCCCAGCGCAGGAACUCAGCAACCCUCUGGUAUUCUUCAUGGAAGCCUGGAUCGCAGAGAAAAUUUUUGGUCCUAACCAAGCCAAAAUCUCAGAAAUGGAGUGGAUGACCCAGACCUUGCUGACAGUGGACACAGCCGACUCUGGAAACCUAACUGAAAUCACCGUCUUUGGACGACCCAGCGCACAAGCUCGAAUAAGAAGAAUGCUCUUGAGCAAGGCAGAAAUGCACAAAGAAAAGGUCAUCAGGAGAGCUACAAAGAUGAAACAACUAGAAGAAUUCUUGAAAGUUCAUUCCCCAAUCAACCUGUGUAACACAGAGCAGGAGACACACGCGGACACCCCUGCUUCGGCUGCUGGAGGUGAAGACAAACAUGGAUUCUUAAAGUCUCUGUACCUUCCUUUCCUGCCUUCAUGAGUGCAUUCGGUUUGCUUGUUUUCCUUUGCAAAUAGCAAUUAUGUAGAACUGUUCCAAUAUAGG